UCCACCUCUACUUUAUAGAACAUAAAAAUUUUGAAACUUGCGUUUUUUAGCAGCUGAUGCGUGCGUAAAUAUAUAAAAUAUAAAUAUAAUACAUAAAAGCGUGUUUCGCAGCGAGUGAAUUCCAGAGCGCGCCCACAAGGAGGCCAAGGCCAAGCAGCUGCUCGCCAUGGUGAAGAAGCGUCAGGCGGACAGCCACGACCACGAGAGCUCCACGGACUCCGGCGAUGAGGAGCUUCACCACAGGAACCCACUUGGGUCCGCCGGCCAAGCGGAUGGCGCCACGCCCACCUCCACCAGUUGCCAGCAUAUUAAGAAGGCGGUGGACGCGGCCCGACUCCGACGUCUCCUCAAACCGACGGGUCUCCUGUACGAGUGCUCCCAGUGCCAGAAGUUGGGCAAGACAGCAGGGGCAGAUGGAGCAGCCGGAUCCGGUUCUGGCGGAGAUCCGGGAGACUUCGAAUUCGACAGCACACUGUGGCUGUGCCUCAAGUGCGGCAGCCAGCUGUGCGGAAGGGCCAGGCACAAGCACGCCCUGGAUCACUAUCAGACACCCCACUCGGAUUCGCAUGCGCUAGCCAUGAAUACGCGUUCCUUCGACAUCUGGUGCUACGAGUGCGACAUGAAGAUCUGCUGCAAUCUGCGCAAGAACCUGCUCGAGUGCGUAGAGUUGGUCAAGCGGCUGGCCCAGAAGCCACCCACGAACACCGCCACGCCCAGUCCGCCCACCAUCAGCUACAUCGAGCAGAAGAUCAAGUCCACGCUGGAGCACCUCACGCCCAUGGUGCCCAUGACGGGCGGAUUCUUUGACGACGCCGGCGGAGGCGGAGCGGGAUCCGCGGCGGUUGGCGCGGGCGGAGGAACCCAGAGCAGCCAGGUGGCCAUUCCGAUGCCACCGCCGCCGCUCAGCUCAGGACAUUCGGCCGCCGGUUCGCUGACCAGUGUACCCGGAAUGGCCAAGAGGAUUGGCCAGGCCAACGCCCCCGCAACCACCACCGCCAAUGGCAACGGUGUGAGCAGGCGACUCCUCACCCUGGAGACGCCGCGCAACGAACUGGACCGACUGCCCAGGGUGCGGGGACUGACCAACCUGGGCAACACUUGCUUCUUCAAUGCGGUGAUGCAGUGCCUCGCCCAGACGCCCUUCCUACUCAGCGUGCUAAAAGAACUUGCGGAGCCGGGAGAGGAAUUCGUUUUGCCCGGAGGAACGUUCAAGCUAAAGGACAAGGGCGACAUCGAGAUGCCCAUGAUCAAGGGCACCCUCUCCUCCUGGGGCGGACUCACCGCCGCUCUGGCCAAUGCCCUCGAGGAGCUCCAGGCGGGCGGCAGUGUGUUUACGCCCAGCAAGCUCUUCGAAAAGCUGUGCAUUAAGUGUCCGCAGUUCACGGGCGGCGACCAGCACGAUGCCCACGAGCUAUUGCGCCAGCUCCUGGAGAGCGUGCGGAACGAGGAUCUGAAGCGCUACCAGCGUGUCAUCCUGCAAAACCUUGGCUACAAGGACCAGGACAUCAACAGUGUGUCGGAAGAGAUGCGGCAGAAGUGCAAAAUCUACGGCAACCAGGCCGGCGACCGCAUCCUGCGCCCGGAGCAGGUCUUCCGCGGCUUUCUCGUGUCCACGCUGACUUGCCAGGACUGCCACAGCGUGUCCUCGCGGCAUGAGUACUUCCUGGACAUGUCGCUGCCCGUGGCCGUGGAGAAGCCACAACCGCCGCAGCGUCGGAAACCGAGUCCGGAUCUCUCCUUGGUGGCCAGCAGCUCCAGCGUCAGUUCCACUCAGACCACCAGUCAGCCGGCGAUCAACACCAAGUUCACGGAGGGCAGCGUCAACUUCACGGCCUCUUCGUCCUUCUUCCUGCACGCCGAUCAGGAGGGCUCCCUGGGCCCCUCCAAGUCGCAGGUAAAGAAGGAGAAGGAGCGGGAGCGCAAGGCGAAGCGGGCGGCCAAGCAUCAGCGCCACAAGCAGGCCCAGAAGUUGAGCCUCAAGCUGAACGGAAACAGCGGUGGAAAUGGGAAUGGUUUCGUCCAGUCAGGGGAAUCGGACGCUGCACUGGCCUCCUUAGGCGCAUCUGGCGAUGGGCAGGCCAUCGAUGGCUCCGACCAGCCCAAAGACCAGACCGAGGACACCACCUCGUCCAGCGUGACCACCUCGGAACACUCCGACGCCGAUGUCGAGGACAAUCUGGUGGAGGACACCGCCCCGCCGUCGGCUAAUAAUGCGUCGAGCACCUCCGCAUCCUCGGGAGCUGCGGCCAAGUUUUACACGGACAGCAACGGCAAUGCCCAGCCGCUGGGCGAGAAGCGCGACGACACGCCGGAGCACAUGGACAAGGACUCUCUGGAGGAGGACGAGAAUGACUCGGGGAUCGCCACUAGUCCGGCACCCACUGCAACCAACAGCAGCACGAGCACCAAUGCCACCAACGACACCAAUUCUACAGGCAAUAACAAUUCGCGCUCCGGAUCCGGCUCGUCCGGAUCUUCGGGCGCCCUGGAAGAAACCUCUGCGCCCGCGAGCCUGGUCAGUGCAGGGCUCUCCGAGAAGGGCGCCUCCCUGAUACGGCAGAUAUCGGUGGGAGCCGAGCAGAGCGGACUCAAUGGAGCUGCAGCGGAGGGUGGAGCAGCGCAGGCGACCGCGCAGCAGGAGAAUACCCCGCACCAGACCCAAGUGGAAACCCAGACUCAGGCUAUGGCCUUGGCCCAAGCCCAGGCCCGUGCGAAGCGGGUGCGCACGCAGAGCUACUCGGACUGGAGCACCACGAUAGCACCGCGCUACCAAUGCGAGGAUGGCGAGUGCUCCGUGCAGUCCUGCAUGAACAACUUUACGGCCGUGGAGCUAAUGACGGGCCAGAACAAGGUGGGAUGCGACAGCUGCACGCUGAGAAUCAACGGCAGCGACCCGAAGGCCAAGUCGGUGAACACCAAUGCCACCAAGCAGCUGCUGGUCUCCAGUCCGCCGGCGGUGCUUAUCCUGCACCUAAAGCGCUUCCAGCUGGGGCCGCGCUGCAUCUUCCGUAAGCUGACGCGACCGGUGAGCUAUCCCAAUCUGCUGGACAUCGCCGCCUUCUGCGGCUCCAAGGUGAAGAACCUGCCGAACAUCGACCGCAAGCAGAAGAAGCUUCUGUACGCUCUCUACGGCGUGGUGGAGCACUCCGGCGGAAUGUACGGUGGCCACUACACGGCGUACGUGAAGGUGCGGCCCAAGGUGACGCCGGACGACAAGCGCUGGAAGUUCCUGCCGCACGGCAGCAAGGCGGAACUGGACCAGGACGAUGACCAACUCAAGAAACUGGAGGAACUGCUGGCCAAGGAGAAGGCGCGCGAGAUGCACAUACAUGCGAUGGACGAUAGCGACGACUUCACCAACUCCAGCAGCAACUCGUCCACCUCCGACGAAGGCAAUUCCCUGGCCACGCCCCUCGAGGAGCAGCUGACGCUCCAGGAAGAGGCCGCCCACGUGCAGGCGCCGCCCGGCAAAUGGUAUUACGUGUCCGACUCGCGUGUCCAGGAGGUCAGCGAGGACACGGCGCUGAAGGCCCAGGCCUAUCUGCUCUUCUACGAGCGUAUCUACUAGGGAUAAGAUCCUUGAAAAGGACGAGAAUCAGAAAGAAAGAAGAUCAUGUCGCGGGAGUCUAGCCGGGAAGGGGAGCACAGAUGAGGAGCAGCUAUCGUUCCAUUAACUAGCUUAGGACCACAUUCUAUACAUACACAUUUAAUUACUUUAAUUUUUUUUCGCUGGGUUUCGUUAUAAGUUCUCUCCCCUUCCCAAAAGCCCAACCAACUAUGAUUUAUUAUUAAUUUGUUUAAAACUGCAUUUCCGUUGGAAACAACGAAGUAGAGGAAAUACAAGCUGGACUGAAGACGGAGAAAGAGACAAACAGAGUUGCGUAGACAGAGAAGGCAGAUACUCACUCAAGCCAAAUGCAUUUGGUUUCUCCUACUAAAAAUUCAUUGUUCAAUUUGGUUUUUUUUGGGACAAGCUUUAGUUAACAAAAAGGAGGAAGACACGCACGCACUCAUUUUUAAAUUGUAGUUCUCAGGAGUUCGGAUUUUCUUUUAUUGUUUUUCUUUAUAUUUUUUUAGUAGCAUGUGGAAAGACACUAAAGGGAAUUAUUAUGUUUAUUAGUUGUAAGUUCGCUUGGUUCCAACAUUGUCCAGAACUAUGACAGAACGUUACUUAAACCACACACCAUAAACUUAAGUAAAACAGGGGAAAACCCAGAAAAUGGCCACAGAAUGGAUAUCUAAGCAAGAAAAAAGUACGAAGGAAAAACGAGAGGAAAAACCAAGAAACUAUUUGCUGAUGUUCAUAAGUUAUAACGAAUACGAAUGAAAUAAAUACAACCAAUUGCUCGCUUCUGCCAAUAAAUUUAACUUUGCAGUAACUUAA